AUGCUGAAAUGCAAAUUAGUAGAUUCAGUACCAUCACAAGGAAUUACAGCGAUUCUACAUAACCCAGAGACUCAUAAAUUAGUGGUAGCGAAAGAUGACCAAAGUGUACAGGUUUAUUCAAGAGAAUCUCAUAGCUUAAGGUUGAUACAAACCUAUCCUCAGCUUUUACAAAAUUCUAGAUUCAAUGAUGAUAAAGUCCAAGAACUGUACGGUUGUAAACCACUGUCUACCAUAUUUGCCCGUUGUGAUAAAUCCUUACUACUGUAUGACAGUAUAAAUUUCCACAAAUACGAUCAAAUAGUGGAUCGUAGAGGCAUUGAGAAAUGUUGGAUUAUGGAGACGCCGUUAGAUGAUUCAGAAGAUGUUUUAACUGCCCUCAUGUACGCUACCAAGAAUAGAGGUAAACUUAGAAUGUUAAUUUGGGAAGGUAGAACUUACAAAAGGGUUGUUGAAGCUACAUUGCCAAAUAGAGGCGAGUUUGUAUUGUCAUCUGAGGCUGAAUCCAGAGGUGUUAUCUUAGCAACCACGCAUGGCAUUUACCAUUGGCCGUAUGGGGACUCUUUUCUUGUAAAGAUUGAUAAAAUCGUUAGGAGGAAGUAUCCUGGAGACUUAGUCAGUUGUCUAGCUGAGUUGACGGCUAAGACUCGUGAAAUGAAGGUCAACGGUAAAUCUAUAAAAGAUAAUGAUUCCACUUCCUUCAUGUCGUCUAGCAGAUUAACGAAAAGAUCCAGUUUUACAAGUCUAUGGAGUAGGAGAAAUAUUCCACAUAAGCAUGCAAUGAACUCAGUUAAAUCUGUUUUCAAAACUACAGAUAGCGACAAAAUAAUGAUUUUAGAUGGUUUCUCGAAAAAUCUUUUCCAGUUAGGUUGCAAAGAUAAUCAUGAAUUUUAUUUAUUCGCAUUAGAUUUGUCUCAGUUCAUGGAGUGGAAUCAAGGGCUACAAUCGAUAAGAUAUCUUUCAGGACUUAAUUUAAUUCUUAAUAAUUCUCAUGAGUUUAGAGUUGUUGAUUAUCAGUAUGGAUUCACUUUUUUGGAACAAUCCGUUGAAGAGGGCAUUAAAUGGGUGGAACCCAUCGGUAAAUCGCAUUUCAUAAUUUGGACGUUGAACGAUCAAUUACACCUUUACCGGUAUCAAUUAGAAGAUGAUACCAAUGAUUUACUGGGGGAUGAUAGAUCAUUAUGUGGGAUUUCGUUUGAUACCGAUUUCAACAAAUUAUGGCGUAAAGUGAUAUUUUACCAGCAGUUCUUAGACUUUCCUCAUCCAGAAAACCUAUGCUGCUCCAAAAAUCCAGAAGCAUCGUUGGAUUUAGUAGUUUUGAAGUUAAGAGAUUUGACGGUUCUUUGGUGCUUGGAAAUAUUCGCUCGAUUUGAAAAUUGCAUGAGUAUGUUGUCUUCGCACGAUCAAAUCCAUGACAGGACCAUGGUUUUACAAGAUUUAAUCCCGAAGUUGAUCUUUGAUAAAUUCUUGGAAUUUUGGGCACCACCUCAACUUAUCAUUUUAAAAUGUUUCCCGCCGAAGAUUGCAAGACUCGUUCCCGAAGUAACGGGUCAACAGCAUAGUUGUCUAUAUGACGAUUUAAAAGAUCAAAGGACUUACACACUACCUGCAAUGAUAAUUCGUAAAUGGUUCUUACCCUAUUUGACAGAUACUAGAAGACAUUUGAAAAGUAUUGCACAGAAGGAUAGCAUAACGUGGGAACAUUCAGGUCGAAAAAUAGAUGCGAAUCUUAAUUUCUUUCUCAUGGAUAAGCACCAAACGCUUGACGUCACCACACUACUCACAUUGAUCGAUACCGUGCUUUUCGUAGCAUAUCUGUAUUACUACCCGUCAAUGGUAGGACCUUUACUUCGUAUCGAUAAUUUAUGCGAACGUGAUGUUGUUGUAAGGGAAUUACAAGAACGCCGUAUGUUCCAAGAGCUAGUAGAUUUCUACUUCGGAAGAAGUAUGCAUGCAGAUGCCUUGGAAUUUCUCACGAACCUUAUCACUAGCAUGGAUCAAGAUGACAAUACGGUCAAAUUUCAGGAUGGGGUCAAAGUUUUAGUAGUAGAUUAUUUGAAGAAAUUACCACUAGAGCAUCAAGGACUACUCUUUCACUAUUUGGAUUGGUUACUGAAAAGAUUUGGUAAAGAUUCUGCCCUUAUGGAGUCUGUUUUCAUGAACGAAACACCUGCAUGUGCUAGCCGUAAUCAUUAUCAAAUUUAUGAAUAUAUUGAUAAAAUGGACAAGACAACCGCUAUACGUUAUUUGGAGUUUGUUAUUAGUGCAUUUGGCUCCAAGGAUGUGAAAUUGCAUACUACUUUGGUGAAACUAUAUUUUGACGACAUGAACAAUCCAACCACUAAGAUGAAAUUAAAAUCUGUCUUAGAAUCAACCUCUGUCUAUGAACCAAGGACAAUUUUAAGAUUAUUGAACGAAUUAUCAGACAACAAAGGAGACCCUGUUUCGCAGCAGCAGCAUAACUUUAUUUCACUUCUAAAAACUUUCCCCUUACAGAAAUUGGGAGACCAUCAUGCCGCCAUUAACAUAUUUUAUGAUGAUCUCUCGGAUUACAAUGCUACAUCCAGUUAUUGUAAGAGUGUCUACACAGAUCACCCUGAAACCGGUAAAGACAGUUUGAACUAUUUUUUCCAAAAGAUAUUGAACAAGUAUGCUAAAACUGGUAACUCCAAUGAAAUUCUCUACUUUCUUCAAGAACAUGGAAAUAAAAUCAACAUUAUCAAGAUUUACGAGAUCCUACCCAAGGAGCUUUCUUUAAAUCAAUUCAAGGAUAUUUUUUUACAGACUGUGAAAUCUCAUUCAAUUGCCAGAGAUGAGACGAAAUUAACUAAAAACCUUUUGCAAGUCGAACUCAUCAACAAGGGCUAUGAUCUUAAUAGAACCCUAUCAGAAUAUUCAAUAUUGGGUGAAAAUUACGAAUGUCCUGUUUGCAAUAAACAUUUCUCAACUUUCACGACAGAUACUCUGCUCUUAUUCACAUUUGAUAAAAAGAAAGUAGUCGUACACUAUAACUGUGGUAGAGCUUUGCAGGCAAAGAUACAAAAUAAAAGAACAAAAGCACAACAAAAGGCACACAGGGUUGUAUCAGACCUGAAAGAAAUUGACAAGAUCGGAUAA